CGCUUACCCCGACCUCUUACCCCGCCGCAGGAUGGCGCCUCAUCCCUCGGGUACGCCAGCUGUCCAAGUGACCCAGGAGACAGAGCAGCCCUUCCAGGGGGCCUCGGACGACGAAGUGACCUGCGUUGCGUCGGCUCCGCCCAGCCCCGCUCGCGUGCGGGGGAACUGCACGGAGGAAGAAGGGGGCGGCUGCCGAGGGGCCUCGAGGAAGCUCCGGACGAGGCGCGGGGGGCGCAGCCGGCCCAAGAGUGAGUUGGCUCUGAGCAAGCAGCGAAGGAGCCGGCGCAAGAAGGCCAAUGACCGCGAGCGCAAUCGAAUGCACAACCUCAACUCGGCGUUGGACGCGCUUCGCGGCGUCCUGCCCACCUUUCCGGACGAUGCCAAGCUUACCAAGAUCGAGACGCUACGCUUCGCGCACAACUACAUCUGGGCGCUGACGCAGGCGCUGCGCAUAGCAGACCAUAGCCUCUACGGGCUGGAGCCGCCCGCACCGCCCUGCGAGGAGCUGGGCUGCCAGGACCGCGGCUCCCCGGGAGACUGGGGCUCCCUCUACUCCCCUGUCUCCCAGGCGGGCAGCCUGAGCCCCGCCGCCUCGCUGGAGGAGCGUCACGGGCUGCAGGCGCCUGCCUCCCCUGCGGGUCUGCGCACCGGCGCCCUGGCUUUUUCAGACUUCCUAUGAAGGAGCCGUCGGCCGCUGGGCGGUGGGUGCUUGGAGGGGGGCGGGUGGAGGCUGUCAGGAACGCACCGCGACUGCGGCGUCCCUGAACUUGCUCCUCC